AUGCAGCGUUCCGCGUGGCCCUGGUGUGUGGGGGCAACGGCCGCGGUAGCAUCAGCCUGGCGCUCGGCGCGUGUGGCAGUAGCGCGUGUGACAGUAGCGCGUGUGGCAGCAGGGCGUGUGGCAGUAGCGCGUGUGGCAGUAGCGCGUGUGGCAGUAGCGCGUGUGGCAGUAGCGCGUGUGGCAGUAGCGCGUGUGGCAGCAACGCGUGUGGCAGUAGCGCGUGUGGCAGUAGCGCGUGUGGCAGUAGCGCGUGUGGCAGUAGCGCGUGUGGCACACGUGUGGCAGCAGUGCGUGUGUGGCAUACAAGCUGACAGUCACCACGCCCAAGGACAUGCCGCCCUCAACAUCACACUCACGCUCUCCCCAUUCCCCUUCACCCCCAUCCCCAUGUGCAGCACGUGUGGCAGCAGUGCGUGCGUGGCAUACAAGCUGACAGCCACAACACCCAAGGACACGCCGCCCUCGCAGCUGUCCCUGCUCGCGCCCGCCAACAGCAGCGCCACCAGCGGGGGCGGUGCAGCACCCCCUUGCGCACAGGGCACAUGCCCGUUCCCCCUCCUCCCAGACGCCAUCACCUGGAGGAAGCCUGCUGCCGCCACCCCCACUCUCUGGGAAGCCGUAGGGCACUUCAGCCCACCUCCCUCCUCCCCUUCCCCUCCUCCUCCUUCCCCUCCUCCUCCUUCCCCUCCUCCUCCUUCCCCUCCUCCUCCCACUCCUCUCUCUCCUCCUCCUCCCUCUCCUCCCCCUCCCUCUCCUCCCCCUCCCUCUCCUCCCCCUCCCUCUCCUUCUCCCCCCUCUCCUCCAUCUCCCUCCCCUCCCCUCGAACCCUCAGUCUCCCCGCUCCUGUCCCCCCCACUCGCCUCGCCUCCUGACGCCCCUGCUUCCCCUCCCCCUGACCCCCUUGUCUCCCCUCCUCCUGACUCCCCCUCCGGGAAUGGCAGUUGGUGCAAUGGCAAUGGUCCUUCCUCCUCUCCUCCUCCCGUUUCCGCACCCCCAUCCACCUCCCCUCCCCUGCCUCCUUCCUCCCCACCUCUCUCCACCCCUCCUCCCUCCACCCCUCCUCCCUCCUCCCCUCCUCUCAACCCAAGCCCGGCAUCACUGGCAGCAGCACUAGCGUCCCUUCGCACUGGGGGGGAGAACGGAGGCUGUGUGGGGGGAGGGGCGAGUGGGGGUGGGGGAACUGGGUCAGGUGGGAGUGUGGCGCAAUCCUGGCCGUUGAUCGCGAUGGAGUAUGACGAGAUGUCGAGCAGUCCAGGUGGCACGCAGGGAUUGGCCGUUGGGGAUUUUGCAGGGAGCACGAUUGCUGCCUUUGACCGUGCAUCAGCCCCGUUGCCAGCAGUGACGUCCCCCCAAUUCGCCAUCAACCUCACAGACCCCAUGCCGGGCGGCGCUCACAUCAGGGUCGACAGCCUCACGGCCAGCUUCUACCGCAUCUCCUAUACAAUCAUCCUUGUGGCACCGGACAACAGCCCCCAGUCUGCUGCUCUGCUGCUGUCAGCCUCGUCUGGAGGAGGCAGGAAACUGAACAGCGUGAUCAUGACCAGCAACAACGUCAACGUCAACGGGAAUGGUGACAUCGAUAGGUGCGCUAAGCACAAGUACGGCACCAUUGCUCUGGAUGAGUAG